CAAGAAUCAAUAAAAUGUAAAACAAAGCAGGGUCAAAAUAUAUAGAGCAGAAUAUAAACCCACGAUGCAGAAACCUGAUGGAAACGUGAUGGCGGUCGUCGCAAGUUUGGCGUUGGCGGGAACUCGGGGACCGAAGUACGCAUGCGCGGAUUUCUAGUUUGAGGGAGAGAGCACGAACUGAUUCGGACUGUUUCGGACUGGUUUCAAAUUUCGAACUGCUGCUGGAACAAACCGGAACAAACCUACAAGGUUUGUGGUGUAUGAACCCGUCUCCACCUGAUAACUUCCAGUGGCAGUAAAAUCAUAUUAUCUGUUGCAGUGUAGUGCUGAGAGAAUAUUAGUGUAGUUAUUAGGAUGUUAUUGUUCAACAUAAAAUCUAUUCUGUUAAAAUAAUUUUCUUUAAAAAUCACAUAAUGUAGGUUUAGACUGACAGUAGAAUGAAACCAGCAAAAAGAAAUCCAUUUUUACUUUGGAAGAGUCACUUGUUUCUUGUUGCAAUAUUUUUUGUAAUUAUUUUGGCUGAAAUAAAUCCAAAAUUGGGCGAGAAAGGAGGUAUUCUUCGACCAGAGAUAACGGUUGAAUAUGGAGCUGUGUCAACAAUCUUUCUAAUUAGCGGAAUGUCAAUGAAAUUAGAAGAUGUAUUCAAUGCUGCUAAACAUUAUGAUCUUCACAUUUUUGUGCAAACGUUUUCUUUAUUUUUUGUUCCUAUUUUUGUUAAGUUUUUAACAGUGUGUCUUUAUCAAUUCAAUGUAGAUGAGUGGAUUCUUAAAGGGUUAAUAGUUGUCAGCUGCAUGCCACCUUCUUAUUCAUCUGUUGUUAUGGCUAGAGCUGUGGGUGGAAAUGAGCCAGCAGCAGUUUUUAGUUCAAUACUAGGAAGUGUUCUUGGCAUUUUCACUACUCCUUUUACUUUACUGUUUUUUCUCCAUGCAACAGCUCUGGUUCCACCAUUUUCUACAAUAAUUGAUCUAAUUUUGACUGUUACAUUACCUUUAGCAGUAGGCAUAAUUUUUCAUAAAGUAACAAGUCUGAGGAUUCCGAAUAAAUGCAUGGAAAGAAUAGGAGAAUUUGCGCUACUAUUACUCAUCUACACAACAUUCUGUGACAUGUUUAUCGCUCAUGAAAAUGUGGCAUUACAACCAAUGAGCGUUGUACUUACAAUAUUUCUGGUGGUUCUCAUUCAAAUAAUUCUUUUGUACCUAAGUUUCUUGUCAGCAACAAACUUAAUUACUUGUUUUACUCCAGCUGAUAUAGCAACAAUUUUAUUCACUUCAACACAUAAAUCACUAACUCUUGGUAUACCCAUUUUACGAAUCCUCUAUGCAGGAUACAAUCAUUUAUUUGCAAUAUCUCUUCCUCUCAUGGUAUAUUAUCCAAUUCAGGUGAUUUUGGGAGGACUUCUUGCAGGAGAACUACAAAGUGGACAAAAUCCAGAAUUUUACAGAGACAGAAAAGGAAACUUCUCCAUUAAUAUCCGAACAAUUGCAAAUGCAAAAUUGAUGAUAAUGGACAUAGUUGCCAGGUGGCCUGACUCCUGUCAAGACCCGGCAAUUUUCAAUACUUCUUUCAUAAAGCAGAGAUUAUUGGACAAAGAGUUCGGGGAAAAUUUUAUUUUAGGUGAUAAACGCUAUGAAAAUAAUAAUUUUCUCCUAACGCCUCUCCAUAACCCAUCAACUGGUGCGGAAAACGUGUGCAAUAAAUCGCACAUCAAAACAAGAAAUGUAGUGGAGAGGUCAGAUGGCGUGUAGAAAAGCAGAUUUCUAGUUUUAAUCAAAAAAAUAAAUGUUCACUUGUCAAAAGUACACGCAAUUAUUGUUGCUUGUGCAGUAUUUCAUAAUAUUGUUACUAAUAUGGGUGAUGACCACUUCGAGAUACAAGAAGAAGAUGAUGAUAAUAAUGGGAAUGUUACUAAUAAUAGUCAAAAUUCAACCUGGAAUAAGUUGAUAACAAGAUAUUUUUCUAAUAUUCUAAUUUCUAAAUAUUCUAAUUAAAAGGUAUUCUUUUUCUAAUUCAUGCAUUUCCAUUUUCUUUUUCUUCUCUAAUUCAUGCAUUUUCAUUUUAUUCUUCUUCUCCAAUUCCUGCAUUUCUUUUUUGUGCAGUAUCGCAUCUUCAGCUAGUUUCUUUUGUGUAUUUGCCACUUCAGUUUAGUUUCCGCCAGCAUCUCAAAUGGCAUUUUUUCUUUUGGUUUUCCUAUCAAUGAUAUAAUUAAUGUAUAGUACACAAGGAUAAGAUACGUGGAGAAUUGUGGAAAUAAAUAAGCCUACUUUGAAAUAUAUGAAUUUUAUUAGGAAUGAAAUGCAUUGUGUUAUAGUGGAUUAAAGGCUUUAAAUGAACAAAAGAAUAAUAAUUUGGGGUAUCAAGAAAAUAAAAGAUUGUUUAUGAAAUAGUACACAAUAUGUUUUUAUCUAAUACUAUCAUUUUACAGAAAACAAUGUUAUAGAUGAGGUAUUUCACUUAAUUGAACAGUAACAUUUAAUAGAAAUAGUGAAGUGAGAAUGUAAAUAUUUAAAAAUACUAACAUAAGGACAGAUGCUUCCUUUUUCGUAAUAUAAGCAGAAUUUCACGACUUUUGACAAUCAUAAUUUUCUUGGAGUGUGACUAGGCUUGAUGAACAUCGUUGUAUAUCAGCUUCACCUUUAAAAAAAUAAUUUAAUGGCAGAAGUAUUUUUGUAAUGUAAACAUAAUGAUAAGUGGGAAUAACAAUAGAAAGUAAUAUACCUUGCAUAUUAAUAUGAACACAGAUUAAUGUAUAUAAAAUAUAUUUAUUUUCCACAUAAGAGAAAAAUGAACAUAUACAAAACGUUAUUAAUUUUUAAUAACAAGGGCGAUUUCUAAUGAAAUGUCAUCUUUUUUCAUUUAACAUGUCCAUUGUAAUCGAAUGUUCGAGAUGAUGCCUAUGCUGCUGACCUGCACUCGUCAACAUCGUGCUCUGGACUUGUGAGAACCGCGGCAAACAAGUUUAGAAAUCGCUA